AUGGCGACUUCCGUUCCAAGAAAUUGAUCAAGUCAACAGGUCAGUUUUAAGGAGCUGUUUAUUACUCAAGUGUUUCAGUUGCCUCCCAAUGUUUGCAUAGAAAAGAUGGAAAUUCCAGAGCAAAGAACUGCAAAAUAGUCAGCGUUUUUCUCGAUCUAGGAAAAAGUUCUUGCAAUGGAUACUCAUUUCAGCAAGUUACCAAACAGUCUGAUUGAAAUAUGUGUAGUGGUGGGUAUGGAUCAGGAUACUGGCCUUGUGGCAGCCAGGUCUGCUGAGAGCAAGAAAGCCCCAAAAAGCAGUAAACAACAGUCUCCUCUUUCUCAAACCUUGUUUGAAACCCAUGUACUGGCUGCUUUGUCUGGAGAAGUGGCUUCCUUUUGUUGCAAAGCAUUGGAAUUUGAUAGUGAGCCUUAUUAUUCAAAUUGGGGCAUUCUGUGUAGCCCAACUAAAGGUGGAAAUCCAGGAAGGCGUGCACGUAGGGGAUCAGUCAUGGUCAAGGCAGCUGAAUUGCCAUUGGCUCAAGAUGUUAUCAACAGCUUGCCACAAUUUUGUUUUCCUGAUGGGGGUUAUAUUUCUAUGAAAAAGAAACCUGUUGAGUGUCAUUCACUUGUUCUAACAGACAUAGAAGGUAACCGAACAUAUUGUUCCUGCAUGACAUUCUACAGAGGGUUUCUCAUAGAGGAGGACAAAGAUGUACCAGGCAAUUACAAGUUGUUUUAUGCAGAGGAAAAAACUGAUGGACAAGUUGUUCCAGGCUCUUCUUAUCAGUUGUUUUACGUACCAACAUGUUGCUGUUUGAUUUCUAAAUGGCCUUAUUUCAACAUAAUGAAAGACUGUUUGUCCAGUUUGUUACCACAAGUGAUGACAAGCGAUCCAGCACUUUUCAGAACAGCUUUAAUGCAGUUUGUGUCACAGCUUGCCAUGGUACCAGUCCCUCCACCAGGUUCUCUUGGAAUAGAAUUCGAGCUCCUUGGAGUUAAACAUCUUUUGCGACCUGCUGAAACUCCAGAAACUCGAGUUGUCAACAUGGAACUUCAUUAUCCGUUCCUUUAUUUCUCGUUGGAUGACAUUCUUCUCCUAAUGAGCUGCAUUUUGACUCAACAACGGAUUAUUUUUCUCUCGUCGUCGUAUUCACUGCUUACUCCAGUGAUUGAGAGUUUAUUCACGUUUAUCCAACCUUUUUCAUGGAGUUGGACAUAUGUACCAAUCCUUCCAAGUGCACUCAUAGAUUUAGUAGAAGCGCCUGGUGCAUUUAUUAUGGGAUGUCAUAAAGAACAUAAGAGCAAGAUACAACAAGUUGUCGAGGGGAUGGAUGAGUUGUCCAGCUUUGUAAUUGCUGAUAUCGACGAGGGUUCAGUGACCAGCCCUCCCAGAAUUCAGCGAUUGCCGACCUAUGCUGCAGAAUUGUACAAAUUUAGGAUGAAAAACGCAGUAAUCCACUUUGACCGUCUUCUUGUUCAAAGACAAACAUUCUACUCUUUGCAAGAAUGGAACAACUGCAGAGAUAAGUUCGUAAGAGAUUUCCAACGGCUUGUUUUAGCAUCCAAUUUGGAGAUGAUGUUGAGAAUGUUCAGUGACAUUAAGAAUUUUAUCGUACAGCAAGAAGAUCUUUUCUUUGAUAUGGAUACUUACAUUGAGUCAAAGCCUGCAGAAAACCAAGAUUUCUUUCGGGAGGUGUGCAAGAGUCAAGCAUUUAGCAUGUUUCUUUACGACCUGAUUCACAACUCAGAAAAGGCAGACUACUUUACACUCAUGGCUCAGAAAACCAGGGUUGUUCCAAAGACAGGUCCUCUGAGGAAAAGAAGUUCAUCUGCAUUGACUGUCCCUGUUAUACCUGAAGAAUGUUUUGCCAAUGCACAUGAGGAACUAAGCAUAUUUACUCUUCCUCCUUUCGUCCGCGGAGGCAUCCACACAGGACUUUUCUACGAAGAUUACUUGAGGACGUUGAAUUACAAGAUCACUGAUCCUACGAAUAAGUCUUCAGGUCUUCUAGCUAACCACUUGUACUUGCGUGGGAUGUUACGAAUUGCUCGUGGAGAAAAAACCAAGGCCGUGGACGACUUCUUUGGAGUUUCAUCGACAAGUGCGCAGCUCUUCCCAACCUCGACCGUGAAGGAGAUCAUGUGUAAACUGAGCGAUUUAGAAGUAGAGGAGUUAAGAACAAGAAAUUUCUGGAGGAAAGCAGAGCGUCUCAGGCUUCACGCCAAGGAAAAGUGGAAUUACAGAAGGGCAAGAAAAGAGGUGGUUACUUCAGCAAUUCCUUCAGCUCCUUUAGCUUUUAAAGAAUUCGUGAAACAUGUAAGCAUGUUACAGAUAGCGAACGGUGAAGAUGCUGGACGAAGACUAUUCCAAGCAUUGGCGAAUAAUUCAACAACAAACGUGAUCGAUCCAGACACGUUUGCCGCAUUUUAUGAUGCUUUCACCCAGGCUAGCAUGAUGGCCAAGAGUGUUUCAUUACGUAAUAUUGUUUUGGAACGCAACGAGUUUGUACUGAAGAUUUCAAAGCAUAUCAAGACAAAUAAGGGCAUGGGCUGGCUUGUUCUCACAGUCGACAGAUUGUUGUUCCUGCCGGAUGGAACUCAGCAUUGUAUAUCUGUUGUAAGAAAUGACGAAAUAAAAAAUGUUGAGCCGCACUCCGGGGGGGUGUUGUUAGGUGGAGAUACAGCUAUCCGAAUAACCAGCACUGAAAGUGAUCCAGUGUCUUUCAUAGCAUUUGUAAAGGAAGAGAAGGAUUUCUGGCGAAGCUGUUUGCUGGAAAUGAAAGCAGGAUACAACAUUUCUGAUGUUUACAAGGACAAGGAAAUCGUAAAGCAAGCGGCUCAAAACGUCAUCAUGGCGGAUUCUCUCAGACAAAGUGACUACCAGGACCAAGUUGCAAUGCAAGUUCUCUACUUUAGCACGCAGGGCUAUAACAUAGAUAAAUUGACCGAGGCAACUGAAAAGGCGCUGUACAAGAGAGUGAGCCCCUCACCUCAGGACAUUGAGAAAUCAACAGUGGAGGCUUUGCUUUAUGUGCGAGGCUCGAAAGGUAGAGAACCAAAGGUCUGGUGUGCCAUGGGCUCUGGUGUUGUUGUCGUGAUAGAUACCAAAGAGUGGGAGCAUGAGACGCACAUGAAACAUGCGAAGGAUAGGGUGAGUUGUCUGUUAGCCGUCGAAGAGAACCAAGUUUGGGCUGGUUCCUUGGAUACAACGAUUUAUGUGAUCAAUACACAAACUGGGAAAGCUGAUCAACAGCUUUUAGGACACCAUGACUUACUAUCACACAUGAUCAAAACUGAAGAUAGUCAAGGGCAGACUACCGUGUGGAGUGCAAGUCUGGAUGGACAGAUCGUAGGCUGGGAUCCUGUGACCCUCACUGCUAAGAAAGAGCUUCAUGUAAAGCUGGAUCAAAGAAAUGGCAAAACGCUGUACUCGAUCGCUGCUGUCGGAGACACAUUCUGGUGUGCAACCAGGUUUAAUAUUUUCGUGAUAAAUUACAAGAGAGACGACAAUGAAACCAAAAUGUUAACUCCUAAGGAAGACGGACUGAUGAGCGUGGACACCAUGUGUGCAGUAUCUAACGAGGAGAUUUGGACAGGGUGUGAUAAAAAGGGCCUUGUCGUUGUCUGGAACACUGUGACCUAUAAAAAUAAACACCAAAUAGUUUGCGAAUGCAACGGGUUCACAUGCAUGCUGAAAGUGGAUUAUAACACGAUCUGGGCGGGGAGUAAAAGUGGUAAAAUCUAUGUGAUAAGUGUCAAGGAACUCCAAGUUACUAUGGAGUUGUCUCUUCACCAGGACCGUGUCCGUUCUAUGUGCCUCACGGACGAGGGACUCGUUAUGUCGGGUCCCGGAUCACGGGACGGGCGCAUUGCAGUGUGGAAAUCUCAUCUAUCUGAAGAGCGCCCUGCCAUACAGCGCUUUAGUCACGAGCGUCCAAGACGUCCCAAACAGAUACGUAGAGAAGUAACCGUUUGUGAUGAAGAAGAUGGCUUCGAACUUGUUUGCAGGAAAUAGACAGAGAACAUCGACGUGGAUUGCAACAAAACCCGCGCCAAACUGUCACGUCCGACUUACCAAGGGAAAAAGGAAAAAAGCACUCAAUGAAAUCUUGCUGUCAGAAUUGACAAAGCUUUACAAAUGAAUAAAGCCAUGUAAUUCUUUUUAAUUUGUAACAAUGGACUUAAUUGUUCAUCAAGCCGCCAGUUGGAAAACGUCACGUGUACAGAAACACAAAUCAACUAUUAGAU